UCAAUAAACGGGAAGCAGUGUUCCUGUUGAGGGCAGACCUGUGCAGGGAGUGUCUGCACGCAGCAGGAAGAAAACUUUGCCCACAUGUCGGCUGCGUCAGAUCUGGACAGAUUGAAACUAAAUGUCAUUCCUUGGAAGGGUUUAUUUCAGCACACGCUCAAGAUUGAUGCUGUGCCUUCUGCUGAGAAAUGGAGUGUCAGUGUGAAAACAAUGCUGAGGCUGCCUCUGCUGGCUGGUUCCUGAGUGGCAGCAAUGUCCAGAUGGGAGCUUUCACCAUGGUGGGCUAUCUUCUCUACAGAUUUUCACAAACUCUCCCAGCCCUAAUCCGAUGGCCAAUCCGUUUCUUCUGCUACAUAACUGGUCUGUCAGCUCUUUGGGGCUGGGUGAGCCGCCUGGUUGGAACCCUCCGUGGAAUCAAGAACCUGUUAAAGUGGCUUUCUCGAAUUUGGCAGUUUCUAGUUGCAUUUUCCUCCAAGUUCAAGUGGAUGGUUCCUAUCAUCAGAGCCAUUACAGGAUCACCUGGAGAUGGGUCACAGAUCAGUGGCACUUCAGAGAAAUUGGAUUUGAGACUGAUCCUCCUGGGGCCCAGCGGACGAGGACGAACCUUUAUAGCGGAUACUUUGUUAGGCAACAAUAAGACAAGAGCAUCCAUGGAUCCUUUAAAGCAGAGCACCAAGUGGAGCACAGUUGUGGACAGCAGAACGAUUACAGUAAUUGACACCCCAGAUAUUUUAGGGCCAUCUCUAGGGAACACCAGUCGGGCUAGGGAGGCCCUAAGGAGUCUUCAGCUCACUAGUCCUGGUCCACAUGCCUUUCUGCUAGUAAUCCAGGCUCCAGGCUCAGGCAUGUCCCUUGACCAGGACCCCACCCAAGCUAUUCAAGGCACCCUGGAGCUGUUUGGAGAGGGAGUCACAGGAUACAUCAUCCCAGUGCUCACUCAUGCAGACAUACUGGGACGAAGACGCACUGUGGAUCAUGUGCUGGAGGCGGAUUCAGGGGAACUGAAAAGGGCUUUGUCUUUAUGUGGUCAAAGACCAGAGCUUGUUGACAACAGGCUAGACCUUCCGCCUGAAGCACAGACUGAUUUGUGCAGACAUUUUGUCGAGCGUGUGAUGGAGAUGAAGGAGUUGAGGGGGCAUUUUGUUCAUGAGGUACACAGGAGGCAGGACUACCUGAGGGAGAAGCUUCUGUAUGACAUGUCCUCGGCACUGGCUGAAAAACUCGGCCAAAAGUAAAGAACUACAGAACUAGAGAUGUUGGUGUCUGUUAACCUGUGCCAAAGAAAAUGGAGGAUGUUUGUUUUUUACUGGGGACUCUUUUGCCUGAAGUAUUUCCUUUUCAUUCACCCUGGAAUUUAUCGCUGUCCAUAGGGUCUUAGAUGUACUUCUUCACAGGGCUCUGAUGCUUUCAGCUGGGGAUAAUUGUCUUAUGGUGUUACAAUUUAAAAUACAUGUCAUAUGCAUAAGUGUCAAGCUGUAAAGAUGUUCUGAGAAAAUAAAAUGAAGAAAAACUUUGCCCACA